GAGCCCGAGGGCGGCCCCGCCGGGGGCAGCGCCGCGCCGCCGCCGCCGCCCGUCCGCAUCCAGGACAUCAAGACGGAGAACGGCACGGCCUCGCCGCCGCAGGCCGUGUCCCCCCCGGGCGCCGCGCCGCCGCUCGGCGCCGUGCCCAAGAUCGAGAGCCCCGACAGCAGUAGCAGCCUCUCCAGCGGCGGCAGCCCCCGCAGCACCCUCCCCUCCAGCCGCUCCCUCAGCCUGGAGGCCCCC